GAAGAUUGGGGAAGGGGUAGUAAGCCCAGGGUGGGGGUUGACUGCACUCUUACUCGACGAAAAGCGAGGGGGAGCGGCGAAUGUCGAUUCGGCGCAAUUGUGGCAACCGUGCCACCCGACUCAUUUCGGACUCUACUCGCUCGCGCGAGGGUGGGGAUGGGGCAAGAUAUAUUGUAUUCGUAGUCUACGUACAUGGGGUGUGGGACUACAGUACCUACGACGGCAGGGGGCAGGUCCACCCUCCCCUGCCCUUCUCCUCGAAUUCGAAGUCGUUCUCCUCGAAAUCGACGUCGGGCCUUCGUUUCCCGUGCCGAGCACCUUCGUAGACGUCGCGCGACCACUCCCCGACGUGGUGGGAAACAUUCGCGCACCGUAAGGGCCCCCACUCCUCCCCCUCCUAACCGAGAUACGGCUGAAUUUCGUCAGUUCGAGCGAGUACGACUUGGUCAACAACAGCUUCGUACGUUCCCUCACACGAUGCCUCAUCCACUCAGGCGAGUCCCCCACCCCUCACAACUCGCCCUCAGCGUACACCCACCCCCUUCUCCUUCCCUAUUGCAUCUCCUGCCCUCGCCACGCCUCGAGAAAAGAUACGGCGAGCUCACCAAGUUGUUCCCCGACGUCUAGGCGACUCCCCUCGACGAUUCCUGAGGUGGAGACGAGAAUGGAGGGGGUGGCGCAGACGCGUCCUCGCGCAUCCCUCCCUCCCGCCUCACAUAGCCUCCUUCCCGCAUGCUCCGCGCAUUUCUUUCCGUGCCGUCGUCGCGCUGUCUUCUCGUUCGGGGAUAUUCCUUGCUCGUCUUCUGGAGUCGUCGUGGAACUGGCUCGUUGGGGUUAA